GCCAUUUUCGGCGGAGGUGGUGGUCGGUCCCUCUUCUGUAAACAAAAAAAAAAAAAGAAAGAAAGAAAGACCCUCUCUUUUCAUCAUCCUCCAAAUCCACCAUGGCCUACAGGAGAAGGCAGGGAAUCACCAGAGCCUCCACCUUCAAGGAGGAGGUUCGCCAUGACGGCGAUGAUCUUUCAUCUUCCUCAUCUUUCUUUUCAUCUUCCUCUUCCUUCUCCGGAUCCUCCUCCCUCGCCUCCCAGGCCAUCCGAGCCUCCGCCGCCCACCGCGACUCCUCCCUCUCCUCCGCCUACGGCGACUCCGCUUUCUCCACCGCCAAUCCUAGCAAAUCCAAGGGCCCUGGCCGCUAUGAGUACACAUCAAUGAACAUUUCAAACGAGUCUAAAUAUGGGUUUUGGGGUGUUCUUGCUCGGAAAGCUAAAGCCAUUCUUGAGGAGGAUAAUGGAUUCCAAAACCUUGAGACCCAAGGCAGAAUGAGGACACAGACCCCAGAUACAUCAACAGGCAGCCAGAACCACCAACCAUAUCAAUCAUCUGAGAACAACAGAAAAAUAGAGAAUCCGAGAUUACGGAAGGGUUUGGAUGCAAUCACAUCCUCUCUUAAUCAUAUCGGUGACACCCUUGGGAAUGCUUUCGAGGAAGGUAGAAAUAUUGUGGAGAACAAGACUGCAGACAUCAUCCAAGAAACUCGCAGACUACAAAUCAGGAGAAAAGGCAAUUCUGAGGAAGCAAAUCAGGCUUCUGGUCUACAAGGCCAAUGGCAACCACCUGCACAACUGCAGCUACGACCCAACCAAGAAAAUCAAAUCAAGGCAUCUCGCGACGUAGCAAUGGCAACGGCUGCCAAGGCAAAGCUUCUUCUUCGGGAGCUGAAAACUGUUAAAGCAGAUCUGGCUUUUGCAAAGGAGCGAUGUGCUCAGCUAGAAGAAGAAAAUAAAAUCCUUAGAGAGAGUCGUGAAAAGGGAGACAACCCUGCAGAUGAUGAUCUGAUUCGCCUUCAACUUGAGACACUUUUGGCUGAGAAGGCUCGUUUAGCCCAUGAGAACUCUGUUUAUGCUCGUGAGAAUCGCUUCCUAAGGGAAAUUGUCGAAUACCACCAACUCACCAUGCAGGAUGUUGUCUAUUUAGACGAGGGAGUUGAAGAGGUCACAGAAGUAUACCCCAUCUCCAAGAUGCUGUCAAUUUCUCCACCCUCACCUACAUCCCCACCCUCACCUCUUGACAUGGACCCUCCUCUCAGCCCACCGGUGACAAAUGAGGCAUCACCUCCCCACACUCCAUCAGAAGAAACUGCGACCGCUGCAGGGAGCCAGGCCCCAUCGAAUUCCACUCCCCCCAGUUCUUCAGCAGAGGACUCAACCAGACAGCCAACCUCUGCCUAAAACUUUAGUCCUCUGUUCUGUUUCCAGCCAAGGUCUAUUGUUAUUGUGUAACAUUAGUUCAUUUUUUUCACCUUUGUCCCUUUUUUCGGAUGGGGGUGUGGGAAGGGAAUUCUUUUUGGUUCCUAAAUUUGUUGUGGUUUUGUGUAUAACCGUUCUGGAUUUGUCAUUGAAUAAUUGCCAGAAUGCAGGUUUUCCAAUGCUUGUUGAUCUGUAAUUGUAAUAGGUAUAUAGACAUCAAGUUUUGAAAGCUUAAAACAUGAAUCAUCUUUGAUUGUUUUCUUUUUUGGGUUUACAAUUGGUUGUUUAGAA